ACAGAAGUGAUCUGCAGACGUUAUGUUCCUCUGAAUGUUGAUGUAGACAUGUACGCCUGUGGAGCCCUUUUUGCUGCAUUCCUUCUGUUUGCUCCAGGACAAUAUUACUUCUGUUUUGAAACAAAUGAUAAUGGGACGUUUUCUGGAAAACCUGAUGUCUCUCUCAGUGUUACAGGUCCACUAAAGGUGGUUAAAAGGGAACAGAAUAAGAGAGUGACACUGACCUGCACCUCCACCUCCCCUCCCAACUCUGGCCCCACCUACAUCUGGUACAGGAACAGACAACCUGUUGGUGACAAAUACACGACCAGCGGCAACACUCUGGUGAUUAACCCCGUCAGCUCGGCUGAUUGGGGACAUUUCUCCUGUGCUCUAAGAGGACAUGAAGAUCGUCCCUCUCCACCAGUGUGUGUAUCAACGUGCUGGAGUGUGACAUAUACCCACCAGAAGAUCUGUGCCCUGGAAGGUUCCUCUGUGGACAUAAGGUGUUACUAUUCUUACCCCAGUGGUUAUGUGAUCAGAAAACCACUGUGGAAAUUCAAUUUGGGUUCUGGUGAGAAGACGAUGGAUUUUAGUGUUAAAAAUACACAUUAUAAAAACAAGGAAUAUCUUGGAAAUAAAAAAAAUGACUGCAGCCUAAGGAUAAAGGAACUUGUGAGGCAUACAGGACAAUAUUUCUUCAGAUUUGAAACAGUUCAGGAAGAUGGGAGGUGGAACGGAAAACCUGCUGUCUCUCUCAUUGUGACAGGUCCACUAAAGGUGGAAAAACAGGAAUGGUAUUGGAGAGUGACACUGACCUGCAUCUCCACCUGCCCUGCAGACUCCAGGCCCACCUACAUCUGGUACAAGAACACACAACCUGUUGGUGACAAAUACACGACCAGCGGCAACACUCUGAUGAUUAACUCACCAGUCAGUAAAGAUGACAGUGGACAUUUCUCCUGCGCUCUAAGAGGACAUGAAGAUCAUCCCUCUCCACCAGUGUGUGUAUCAUCUUGCAGUAGUGUGACUUAUACCCACCAGGAGAUCUGUGGCCUGGAAGAUUCCUCUGUGGACAUAACAUGCUCCUAUUCUUACCCCAGUGGUUAUGUGGUCAGAAAACCACUGUGGAUAUCCAAUUUGGGUUCUGGUGAGGAGACGAUGGAUUUUAGUGUGAAAAAUACACAUGAUAACGAUGUGGAAUAUAUUGGAAAUAAAGAUACUGACUGCAGCCUAAGGAUAAAAGAACUUAGUGUGAAGCAUAGAGGGAAAUAUUACUUCAAAUUUUCAACAAAUGAGGAUGAUGAGGAGUUUUCUGGAAAGCCUGAGGUGUCUCUCUCUGUGACAGGUUUGCAGAUAAAUAUGAAUUCUGAUACAGUUGAAGAAGGGAAGAGUGUCAGACUGACCUGCAGCACCACCUGCACUUUGAGUGAACCCCCCUCUUACAUCUGGUACAAGAACUCCCAACCUAUUGCAGACCAACAGACACCAAUGAAAAGCCUUCGCCUUAACCCAGUGCGCAUUGAGGAUUCAGGCCUUUACUCCUGUGCUGUGAGAGGACAUGAGAACCGUCCCUCACCUGUACGGGCUCUCAGUGUCAGCUAUGCACCAAGAAAUGUCUCAGUAUCACUGAGUUUUCCAGGUUAUAUACUGGAAGGAAGCUCUGUGACUGUGACCUGCAACAGUGAUGCCAACCCACCAGCAACCUACACCUGGUUUAAGGAGAAAAGGGAUCGAGCCGAUGGUAGAGGACAGCGAUGGACCAUCAGUAAUAUCAGCUCAGAGUUUAGUGGGCAGUACCAUUGUAGAGCACAGAACAGUGUUAAAUACAGUGAUUCUGAACCAUUUCUGCUGGAUGUUCAUUACGGCCCAAAGAACACGACUGUAUUAAUCACUCCUUCUGGUGACAUAGUGGAGGGUGAUUCAGUGACUCUGACCUGCAGCAGUGAUGCCAACCCACCGGUGCACAGCUACACCUGGUACAAGAUCAGCAGAGUCAGCGCUUCAUUAGGAUCAGAGCAGAAACACUUCAUGACCAACAUCAGCUCUGGGGACAUGGGACAGUACUACUGUGUAGUGGCAAACACAGUCGGAUCCAGUAACUCCGCAGUGCGACAUGUGAAUGUUUUCUAUUCCCCCAAGAACACAAACGUGAUUGUUAGUUCCUCUAGUGAGGGGAGAUCAGUGACUCUCACCUGUAACGCUGAUGCCAACCCCCCAGUACACACAUACUCCUGGUACAGGAAGACCAGCAGUGUAUCUGUUCUGAUGGACACAGGGAAUAGCAGCAGCUAUACUGGGGUCUCAGAUGGUGAUAGUUACUAUUGUGCAGUACACAAUGAAUAUGGCUCUCAUAACUCCUCUGAAAUUGAAGUGUCUCUCACAGCCCUACUUCAGCAGACAGGUGUACCAGGAGGAGUGUUUGCAGCCUUGGGGAUCAUACUAGUUGUAGCUGUAAUAGUGGUCCUUGUAUUUGUGCGCAGAAAAGGGAAAGGUAUAUCCACCACCGAGAACACAAGUACAAUGGUGGAACACAGACAGGGAGAAGAGCCCAGUCCUGUGUAUGAAGACGCUUCUGCAGUGCUGUUGACGUCUAACCAAGAAGACAGAGUGGACUCAGGAAGAGAUCGAGUGGACACAGGAGGAGAUCGAGUGGACUCAGGAAGAGAUGGAGUGGUCUCAGGAGGAGAUUCAGUGGUUUCAGGAGGAGACCAAGUGGAUGCAGGAGGAGAUGAAGAUGACGUUCAGUACGCCAGUGUCCAGUUCAAGCCCAAAAUCAAGGACGCGGCUCAGGACUCUCCAGCUGUGCUGCCUCAAGAGAAGAAGGUGGAGGAAGAGGAGUCUGCGUACGCCUCGGUGAAGUUCCGUUCUCCCUCCCGUGAUGUCAACCAAGACGAGGAUGAUACUGCAAUCUACAGCAUUGUCAACAAACCCAGAAGCUGAUCACAAAGGCCCAGAUCAUGCCCCAAAAAGGCUUGUAGCAUCUUGAGAUUUCAAGAUAUGUGCCAUUUUCUUUCUGUAUCCAAAACUCAUUUUUACAUUAUGAGUAUUAUUAUUAGUAUUAUUAUUGAAGUCAUUAGUCUUGUUUGCGGUGUAUACAAGAACAGUUUUCAACAUUUUUAAUUUAAUUGAUUUUACAUUGUGUGUGAGUUGUAUUUUACAAACUUGCUGUGCUUCUUGUUGGCCACAUAUUGUUCAAUUGUCAUACAUUCUUGAUGAAUGCAAAGUCUGUAUUACAUAAGUUGCUAUUUCAUCAAGAUGACUUGAAGUGACAUAGACAAAAAUAAUGCACAUUUAUUGUAGUUUAUGUUUUCAUCAUGACGAUACAUGUUGACAUCAUGUUGUUGUGUCCCUCAAAUUAAUAUAUUGCAUCAUACCCAUGUGUGUAGAAGAUAUUUACUAAAAACUACACAAUAAACACAUGUAUUGUU